UAUAUUCUUCCUCAAUUGAGCUUUAUACUUGAGCAGUUGGAACAGAAGCAAAGCGAGAGUCGAAGGCAUUUCAUUUACAUUUGUUGAUUUAUGUCGCGGCCGCCCAACUACGAGUUUCAGGAAUGGUGGAACAAGCAGAGGGAGCAUAACCACCAGUUUUUCACCAACGAAACUACCAAUCCCACCAACGAACUUCUAACCGUCCAGAUCACCAACCCCCUUCCUGAUCGGACGGCCGACAAGGACCGCUCCCGAAGCGCACGCCAGCUUUCCUGGGUUUGUCUCUUGAGGUUCCAGCAACUCGCUAACUCUCUCGCCUCGAUCGCUAGCGCUUCUCUUCUCCUUCUUCGUACCGCCAACCGACGAAUCUUCUCUCCGGAUUCCUCCUCCGAUUACUCCGCUUCCAGGCUCUACCGUGUUAUCAAGUUCUUUCUCUUCCUGGUGAUUCUUUUGCUUUGCGUAGAGUUACUCGCGUUUUUCAAGGGAUGGCAUUUUAGUCCUCCGUCGGUGGCGGAGGCGGAGGCCGCCGUCGAGCUCGUUUAUGCCAAGUGGCUCGAAAUCAGAGCUGAUUUCUUGGCGCCGCCGCUUCAGAGCUUGGCUAAUGUGUGCAUCGUUCUGUUCUUGGUUCAGUCGGUGGAUCGCGUGGUGUUGAUAUUAGGAUGUUUCUGGAUCAAAUUUAGGAAGCUGAAGCCGAUGGCGGCGAUGGAGUAUCCGGCAGGGAGAGUCGAAGGAGAGAAUGUAGAGGAUUAUCCAAUGGUAUUGGUGCAAAUUCCUAUGUGCAAUGAGAGGGAGGUGUACCAACAAUCUAUUGCAGCUGUUUGUAUUAUGGACUGGCCAAAGGAGAGGAUGCUGGUUCAGGUUUUGGAUGAUUCUGAUGAUGUAGAUGUUCAGCUUCUUAUCAAAGCAGAAGUACAGAAAUGGCAGCACAGGGGCGUGCAUAUAUUAUAUAGGCAUCGUCUUAUCCGUACUGGCUACAAGGCGGGAAACCUGAAAUCUGCAAUGAACUGUGAUUAUGUGAAAAAUUACGAGUUUGUUGCAAUUUUUGAUGCUGAUUUUCAACCGGCACCAGAUUUCUUGAAGAAAACCAUUCCUCAUUUCAAGGGGAAUGACGAUAUUGCAUUGGUUCAGACAAGGUGGGCCUUUGUGAAUAAGGAUGAGAACUUGCUCACAAGAUUGCAGAACAUAAAUUUAUCAUUCCAUUUUGAGGUUGAACAGCAGGUCAAUGGUGUGUUUAUCAACUUCUUUGGUUUCAAUGGAACUGCUGGUGUGUGGCGAAUUAAGGCCCUCGAGGACUGUGGUGGAUGGCUUGAACGAACAACUGUUGAGGACAUGGAUAUUGCCGUUCGUGCUCACCUUUCUGGAUGGAAGUUUGUAUAUCUGAAUGAUGUUAAGUGCCUUUGUGAGCUUCCGGAGUCCUAUGAGGCAUAUAAGAAACAGCAGCAUCGCUGGCAUUCUGGUCCAAUGCAGUUGUUCCGCUUGUGCUUCUUUGACAUACUUUGUUCUAAGGUAAGUAUGGCCAAAAAAGCCAAUUUGAUAUUUUUGUUCUUUCUCCUACGGAAGCUUAUUCUGCCCUUUUACUCUUUCACCCUGUUCUGCAUCAUUCUCCCAUUGACAAUGUUCCUGCCAGAAGCUCAGCUACCAGCUUGGGUUGUUUGCUAUGUCCCUGGAAUUAUGUCCGUGUUGAAUAUCCUUCCAGCACCACGAUCAUUCCCUUUUGUAGUCCCAUACCUUCUAUUCGAAAACACAAUGUCAGUGACAAAGUUCAAUGCAAUGAUAUCAGGACUGUUCCGGUUUGGAAGUUCUUACGAGUGGAUAGUUACAAAAAAGUCAGGGAGAUCAUCAGAGGCCGAUCUCGUUGCAUUUGAGAAGGAAUCUGAUACUUUAAUGGAAGCAGCAAGUCUUCUUAGGUCCUCCUCUGAUUCUGGCCUUGAAGAGCUUAGCAAACUAGAAGCAACCAAGAAAACUUUGAAAACAAAGAGAAAUCAUCUGUACAGGAAAGAACUUGCUCUUGCAUUUGUCUUGUUAACUGCCUCGGUGAGAAGCUUGUUAUCAGCCCAAGGGAUUCACUUCUAUUUCCUAUUAUUUCAAGGUAUCAGUUUCCUCGUGGUUGGUCUUGAUUUGAUUGGAGAACAGGUGAGCUGAUAGAGCAACAUUGCGUCCCAGGAUAGGAGUUCCAUGAAUUCAUGGAUCAAUAACAAGCAAAUUUGCUGGUUACUGAUAAUGAACUGAAGCAGUAAAUUCAUUUGUGCAUGAAACAAUAUUUCUGGCCAUGUUAAAAUGGGCCACCAGAACAUAUUUGUCUUU